ACACACACAAAUACGUGUCCGUUGGUUGCUUGCUUUAAAACAGCAUAUAUACGUUCAUACACACAACACACAACACACAACGACGAAUAUGAUCGAAAAAUUUCAAACCAACAGUUGCAAUAAUAACAAUAAUAACAAAACAUGGUAUUAGGCGGGAAAAUGCAAAGCGUUCCACUUAUUUGACACAUUCAAAGGACUAAAGAAACGUAACGAAAACACAAAGCACUGUUUUUUCCUCUUCUUAUUCCAUCUUUGGCAAACAUUUGGAAAUUUGAAGAUAAAUUCAUAGAAUAAAACAGAGAAAAUUUUAGCUUAGAAAUUGUACGGUGAAAUAGUUGGAUUAAAGCAGGUUGUUAAAAGAGCCAGGGAGUUAAAUCGAUAGGAGAUGUAAUAAUUUACAUCAAUACUUCUUAGACCGGAUUAUAUUGGCCACAUUGAAAUCAAGCAAUCACUCAACGGAACAAGAUUCUUCGCGGUUAGUUGACACGCAAAGAGCCAAGAGAAAAGAACAACAUCGGGACGGAGUAUCGUGAGCAUACAUCAACGCAUUGAGACUGAACGAGAGAUAGAGUGAAAGCAACACAAGAAGAAAUUACAUCACUAAAAUGGCCACAACACAAGUGAAUCGUCGUCGUACAGCUUUGGCUGAAAUUCCAGUUCGCAUGAGCCAAUUGCGUGUGUCAACGGAUGAGGUGCCGGUGCUUCUGAAUCGAACCGUCAUCGACAGUCCAUUGGACAAUAUUCCGCUUGGCUAUUUAACACCAUCACCAUCACAAGAUGAGUUGAUAAUUCGCCAAAGAGGUCGUCGUCGUUCGAUCAAUUGGUCACCGGAUAAAAUUCCAUCGUCAACAGCUGCACUACUCUCAAUACUGCGAACACCAACGAAAUCCACAUCAACGAUGACUCUACGUAGUUCGCCACGCAAGCGAUUACAUUUGGAUAGUGUUGCAUCAUCGAGUGUGAUGCUAUCACCUCAUUCGAUAGGUCAAUCGCCGACACGAAAAAUACGUACACCACAAACUGUCGCCACACCGCUAUCUGCCUAUACACCACAAAUGAAACGGUUGCGUUUCACCGAAUCACCAAUUGCUCAACAAAAUCAAACGACGCCGUUGUCAAAAAUCCUUAAGGGUUUAUCCCAAUCACAAUUGAUCAAUGUGAUUCAAGAGCUAGUGAACAAUGAGCCGGCUAUUGAAACAAAGGUUCGUAACAAUCUACCAAUCCCGGACAUUAGGCCAAUGGAAGAGCAAUUGAUUCAAUUGAAGAAAAACAUCUUUAAAAGUUUGCCAACAUCACGAUUGAUGAAGAAUACCGAUUCGGUGGGCCAUUCACGGGCCGCCACACAUUUGGCCACAUUCAAGAAAACCGUUGUCGAUCAAUCGAAUCAAUUGAACGAAUCGGAAAAUUGGGACGCACUGUUGGACUACACCUUAAUGGCAUGGCCCGUCGUACGCGCCACACCAGUUUGGGACAAUAAGACACACAAUUCGGUUCGGCGUAGUUGCUUUAAAAUUUUGUCAUGGCAUUGCUUGUGUGCACUGAAAACGGCCGGUAAUGCAUUGGGCGAACAAAGACUGAAAGACCUUUUCAAUCAAAUGGCUGCGAUGAAGGCGGAUUGUGAUGACAUCAGCGCAUGCGAACCUCAUUUGGACAACAUACUCGACAGCAUCGCCAUUUGAUCGGAACAUGAACAUUGGAGAACAUAACUGCGGCGACAGACUCACCAAAUGUGCAUUCUUCGCAAAAGGCCAUAAAACAAGUCAACUAAUUUGUAGUAUGUCCCGUACAAAACAACGUAAAUUCGUCAGUUAGUUUCCUUUUUUUAUUAAGUUAAAUUCAUAUUUCUUUUCUAUAUUUUUUUCCCCCUCUCUAUCGCAAUUCUAUCUAUUUUUUCCGUUCUCAUUGAUUUUAUUUUGGCAUGAAUUCAGUAAAAUAUCUGUGUUGUCACAUCGAAAAGUUGAAAGAAACAAAUGAUUAUUAUUGUUAGACAAUAUUUACUAAAAAAAAAAAAUUUGAAUGCCAUAUUUUUUAGAUAGAAAUUUAUGUAAUCUCAUAUCACUUUUAGCACAAUCUAUCAGUUUGUUUCCGAAAUUUGGUUUCGACCGAUUUUUUUUUAGUCGUUUCUCCCCUUCCCGUUUGUGCACCACACAAAAUUUGCCAGCUUAUUCCACAUUUAUAUUUGUACAACGUCACUAUUUCUACUCCUCUCAACCCUCCAUGUGUGUCGAUAGAAAAACUGAAUUUUGCAUUCGAAUGAAAAAAAAUCAGCACUGCGAAUAGGCCAUAAAAUCAAUACAUCUUAGCACCAAAUAUUCCAUUGUAGUUUCAUCAUAUUAAUAAAUAAAAUAUAAAAACAUUUAUACAUUUUUUGAAAUAAAGAAAUAUACAAAGCA